CCUGUAUUCCUCAGGCGCAGGUACUGUUGCACGGGGCCCUGGGACCGGAGAUGAGUCGCUUAAAAUUCGAGUCUUUAGGUUGCCACUUGGUCCCUUGGGAGCGGAGGAACAUCACCAAUCGCGGGAUGCGGACUGGGCUGUGUAUUGAAUAUCUGAAGAAUUAAGAGGAUUAACAGAAAGUGAAUAAUUGUGGAAAUAGUGCAUGAAUUGAAUUGAAUUGGGCUGGGCUGGUGACUGUGCAAGCCGUCCACUGCCGCAGGUUGCGUGGCUCAAAACCAUCCAGUUCCCCAUCUCUGCCUUUUCUUUUCUUCCCUUGAUUUUCUUCCUUUUUCUUCCUUCGCUUGAACUGAACUUGAACAGUGCUUCAUUUGAAUUCUUCUCGGCCUGUCCCUCAUUGUACUACACGUCUCCACUGCCAUCUCGAAUCGGGCCCAGUUCGCCUCUCAAAGAGUGUCUCACAUAGACAACUUGCAAACACUACAGACACAGACAUAGACACAGACCAGUCCCCAGUCCACUUCACAGUCCAUCGUUCUCUACAGAUAUACGCUUGGCACAUCCACCCAACUCCACAGCAGAUCACAACCGUUUCAGACCUGCCUUGAUCUCGGACGCUAGCACCAAGUACGGUGGACCUAAUAAAAUGGCGGCCCCCCAACCUCGACGAAGCCGUGGCUUCAGCAUCAAAUCCGACAAGUCUCUGUCAAAAGAAUCAGGCACUUCCAGCCAUAAACGUGGUCCUUCUGAGUCUUCUCAAGAGAAAGCACGUCGCAAUUUACACACCAAAGCCGAUCCUCUGGUCGCCAUGAACGAACUCCAGCCCAGUAUGAUGGCCCUGGAAAAGUCCAAUCUGGGCUCUCUCCGCGAGAUGGAACACAAAGAUCAAUUCGGGAAUGUUAUCACCGAUCCUGACCUGUCAAACCCCACCCGACCACGUUUCGAGCGACCGUUAGAUACAAUUCGAUCAUUUGAGGCGGCCAUCUACGGCAGCAGUCGUGCGGCAUACGCUCGAACAGAAGAUGCGGGAUCACAAAUGGGCGAUUUCAGCAGACGAACAAGCUACUACGGAGGCCAAAACAACCACUCAUCCCGCUACGACCAACAAAACCCCUACGGCCAAUCCCAAUCACGCCCAGACAGCGUCAUAAACGCCUACCAGAACACACCCCAAGCCCUGGAAAACCCCUACCCAUACAAUAACGGCAACAGCCGCUCCUCCCGACGGCCCCAACACCCACGCGGCCCCUCAACCUCCACAGCGCCCGCCUCCCCGAUCUCCCAAGACCCACAAUACGGCAAUAUCGCAAACACAAUGCACAACAACAACAACCAAUACGGCUACCCGCAACCCGGCCACGGCUACCAACGUUCCUACGAUAACGUCACUGCGCUGUCUGGCUCCGGAUCGGGCCAUACGGACGUCUACCAGACUACAGACCCCAGCUCCCUGAAUAGCUCUAAUGACCAGUUGCAGCAGCAGGCCCUGCACCAGCAGCGGAUGGAUGAGCGUGCUCAGGCUGAGUAUGGGUUCAAUGGGUUUGGGGCUGGGCCUAAUAUUAAGGGUGGACAGCAGGGCGUACAACCCAAUGGAGAUCCGAAUUGGGGUGGGCCCGUUGGUGGACGGCCUGUUCCUGCUUAUGCUCCUGCUCCUGCUCAGGCUCAGGCUCCUAUAGCUAUGGGUGGGGGUAGAGCUGGUGUCCUUCAGAAGAAGGAGAGUCAGUCCGGUGGGGACAAGAGGAAGAGCUGGUUUAAGCGCCGGUUUAGCAAAGAUUGAACUCGUUGAUAUUCGGUCUGGAUGAUGGGUAAUGCGUUUGUUGUGUUGACCUGGGGUAUUCUAU